AUGGGUUCUGAGCGUGAGGACAAUGUGUAUCGCGCCAAGCUCGCGGAGCAGGCUGAGCGCUAUGACGAAAUGGUGGAAGCCAUUGAAGAUGUUGCUAAGAUGACCGAUGGAGCUGAGCUUUCCGUUGAAGAGCGUAAUCUUCUCUCCGUCGCUUUCAAGAACGUCGUCGGUGCUCGUCGUGCAGCAUGGCGCAUCGUGUCGUCGAUCGAGCAGAAGGAGGAGAGCCGGGGACAUGAAGACCGCGUAGCCGUCAUUAAGGAGUACCGCGCUAAGAUUGAGAAGGAGCUCGACGAGGUUUGCGGACGUAUUUUGUCUCUUCUGGACACCACUCUUAUCCCGGCUGCAAAGACUGCUGAGUCGAAGGUUUUCUAUCUGAAAAUGAAGGGCGACUACCACCGUUACCUCGCUGAGUUCAAGACUGGCGCUGAUAGAAAGGAUGCUGCUGAGGCAACACUGGCUGCUUACAAGGCAGCUCAGGACAUUGCCAAUGCUGACCUCGCUUCCACUCACCCGAUCCGUCUUGGUCUUGCUCUCAACUUCUCCGUCUUCUACUACGAGAUUUUGAACUCUCCCGAGCGCGCUUGCACCCUUGCCAAGCAGGCGUUCGACGAGGCUAUUGCUGAACUCGAUACAUUGGGGGAGGACUCGUACAAGGAUAGCACGCUGAUCAUGCAGCUGCUGCGGGACAACCUUACACUCUGGACUUCUGACAUGCAGGACGAGGCUACCGAAGAGAAGGCAGAUGCUUGA